CCAGAAAGUUGGGGUCAGGGGGCCGGAUCUGGGAAUUCCUAGGGUGUGCGUUGCAGAGGGAAGGGGCGCUGGUGAUUACGCCAGGUCGCCCAGCGUCUGAAUUGAGUUUCAGAAGUUGCAGUGACCCCAGAGUCUGCACUGGCAGUGCGGGAUGAGGGGGAAGGGAGGAGUCUGGAGUCCAGAGUGGAAAUACUCGGGAGGAGCUGGGGUCUCCAGGACUCAAGGCUGGCAAUCCAGGUGUUCAGAAUUGGCUGGUGGACAGGCGGGAAAAGAGGCGAUAAGAGACCAAGAAUCUAGAAAACAGAAAAUGUCUGUAGAUUGCUGUGCCAGGGUUCAGUUGUCAGUGGCCAGAACUUGAUGUUAGCCAGGCAGGUGGCACCGGUUUGAGGGCAGUGAGGCUUCUAGCCAAGCCUUGAGGCUAAGGGGGCAGGUGACGUGGGUCUGAUGCCCGAGGGAACUACCUGAGCACGGACUUCGAAGAAUGUAGAUAUAGUUGAAACACACACACACACACACACACACACACACACACACACACACACACGCACGACCGGAUUUAAAUCCUCAAAUACCUCUGAUUUAGUUCUCUCCUUUUAUUUUCUGGCCCCACCCCCAUCCGCUCCCUCCUGAGGCUGUGCCCACCUGUGGGUUCUGGCUGGAUGGCCUGGGCACAUCUUCCUUCCCUCUGUUCCUCCUCUUCAAGAUCUAAUUGCUUUCAUCGUCUUGUCUUGGGGUUAGAAUGUGGAACUCCAGAGCCUUAAGGAAUUCCAGAAUUCCAAGUCCCUAGAUACCUGUGGACCUUGCCCCAGCCCAAUGGGUGCCCAGUGUAGUGGUGGAAUGAGAUGCUGUGCGCAUGCUCAACACCCUGCAGACCAAUGCCAGCUACCUGGAGCAGGUGAAGCGUCAGCGGAGUGACCCUCAGGCGCAGCUGGAAGCCAUGGAGGUGUACCUGGUACGGAGUGGACUGCAGGUGGAGGACCUAAACAGCCUAAACAUUAUCCACGUCACUGGGACCAAAGGAAAGGGCUCCACCUGUGCCUUCACUGAACGCAUCCUGCGGAACUACGGCCUGAAGACAGGCUUCUUUAGCUCUCCCCACCUGGUACAGGUGCGUGAACGGAUUCGCAUCAAUGGGAAGCCCAUCAGUCCCGAACUUUUCACCAAGCACUUCUGGCGUCUCUAUCACCAGCUGGAGAAGUUCAAGGAUGACAGCCACAUUUCCAUGCCUGCUUACUUCCGCUUCCUCACACUCAUGGCCUUCCAUGUCUUCCUCCAAGAGAAGGUGGACCUGGCUGUGGUAGAAGUGGGCAUUGGCGGGGCUUAUGACUGCACCAACAUCAUCAGAAAGCCAGUGGUGUGUGGAGUGUCCUCUCUUGGUAUUGACCACACCAGCCUGCUAGGAGACACGGUGGAGAAGAUAGCCUGGCAGAAAGGGGGCAUCUUUAAGCCUGGUGUCCCUGCCUUUACUGUGCUACAGCCGGAAGGUCCCCUGGCCGUGCUGAGAGAUCGAGCUCAGCAGACCUCAUGUCCCCUGUACCUGUGUCCACCGUUAGAAGCCCUGGAGGAGGGUGGGCUGCCGCUGCCCCUGGGCCUGGAGGGAGAGCACCAGCGGUCCAAUGCAGCCUUAGCCUUGCAGCUGGCCCGUAGUUGGCUGGAGCAGCGGGACCACCAGGACGUCCGGGAGCUGACGGUGUCCAGGCCAGGCACACGGGGGCAGCUGCCUCUGGCACCUGUGUUCCGUCCCACCUCUCACAUGAGACAUGGGCUUCGGGACACGGAGUGGCUUGGCCGGACACAGGUGCUGCGGCGGGGACCUCUCACCUGGUACCUGGACGGCGCACACACCACCAGCAGUAUGCAGGCCUGCGCGCGCUGGUAUUGCCAGUCAUUACAGCGCAGUAAACGCCCCAGUGGUGGGCCUCAAGUACACGUCUUGCUCUUCAACUCCACCGGUGACAGGGACUCUGCCGCUCUGCUGAAGCUGCUGCAGCCCUGCCGGUUUGACUACGCCGUCUUCUGCCCCAACCUGACAGAGGUGUCAUCCACAGAAAACGCAGACCAGCAGAACUUCACGGUGACUCUGGACCAGGUGCUGCUCCGCUGCCUCCAACACCAGCAACACUGGAGCUGCCUGGCCGAGAAAGAAGCCGGCCCCGACCUCUGGAGCGGCCCCGGCGGCGGCGCAGAGCCCGGUGGACCGGGGGGCUCCCAGCUGCUGGCGCUACACCCACUGCACUCUGCUAGCACGGACUCCCUAGUUUUUAGCUGCAUCUCCCACGCCCUGCAGUGGAUCAGCCAAGGCCGGGAUCCCAUCUUUCAACCCCCGACCCCCCUGAGGAGCCUCCUCAGCCACCCCACAGCCAGCAGUGGGGCAAGCAUUCUGCGUGAGGCUGCCGCCAUCCAUGUACUGGUUACGGGGAGCCUGCACCUGGUGGGUGGAGUCCUAAAGCUGCUGGAGCCUUCCCUGUCCCAGUAGCCAAGGCCGGGGAUCAGAGCCGGGAACUUCACACCUGCCUGCUUCUCCACAGACGGAUACUCAGUGCCUUUGGAUUUCUGCUUACAGAUUCCUUUUGAGACUGGCCUAGGGAUGCGAGAAGCGCCAGCCACACCGUGGCCUCUCCUUCCUCCGGCAUAGACAGCAGGGGGCUUCCCAGAGUCCCUGCCAUUGCAGGCUUUCAGUCCAGCCCGUCUCCCUGUUGCCUCCUGGCUCAGACCCGGCUUAUGUGCAAGCUGCCUGACCAGCCUAUAGACCUGCCUGAGGCUAGGCCAGAGACUUCCUCUUCCCCCGGUGCCUUCUGGGAAGAGAGAGGGCCUUUGCCUGGGCAUUUGGGGACUGUGAGUUGCUAGAACUAAUUGAAGCUUUUAAGCCCUUUCAUUUUUUAUUUUUUGUAAAUAAACAACAAACUUUUGAUUGACUCUUAA